AGAAGCCAGGAUUCGCGAUGUGUGUAGGAUGUGGAAGUCAGAUCCAUGACCAGUACAUACUGAGAGUCUCUCCCGACCUGGAGUGGCAUGCAGCCUGCCUGAAGUGUGCAGAGUGCAGCCAGUACCUGGAUGAGACCUGCACUUGUUUCGUCCGGGACGGCAAAACAUAUUGCAAAAGAGAUUAUGCUGUUUGGAAUAAAAUGCGCAAAAUGCAACCUGGGAUUCAGCAGCAGCGACUUGGUGAUGAGAGCCCGGGAUAACGUGUACCACAUCGAGUGUUUCCGGUGCUCGGUGUGCAGCAGGCAGCUGCUGCCGGGGGACGAGUUCUCCCUGCGGGAAGACGAGCUGCUGUGCCGGGCGGACCACAGCCUGCUGCUGGAGAGGAACUCCGCAGGAAGCCCCAUCAGCCCCGGACACAUCCACUCCAACAGACCGCUGCACCUGGCAGACCCGGUCACGGUGCGGCAGGCCCCGCAUCGGAACCACGUCCACAAGCAAUCUGAGAAGACGACCCGGGUCCGGACGGUGCUGAACGAGAAGCAGCUGCACACGUUGCGGACCUGCUACAACGCCAACCCGAGGCCGGACGCGCUGAUGAAGGAGCAGCUGGUGGAGAUGACUGGCCUGAGCCCCAGGGUGAUCCGGGUCUGGUUCCAGAACAAGCGCUGCAAAGACAAGAAGAAGUCCAUCCUGAUGAAGCAGCUCCAGCAGCAGCACCACAGUGAUAAGACUGUAAGCAUCUUCAACCUGCAGGGUCUCACAGGGACACCUCUUGUGGCCGGGAGUCCUAUCCGUCAUGAGAGCGCCGUGCAGGGGAACCCAGUGGAGGUUCAGACCUACCAGCCUCCAUGGAAAGCCCUGAGUGAGUUCGCCCUGCAGAGCGACCUGGACCAGCCAGCCUUCCAACAACUGGUGUCUUUCUCUGAAUCGGGCUCUCUCGGGAACUCCUCGGGCAGCGACGUGACUUCUUUGUCCUCUCAGUUACCGGACACCCCCAACAGUAUGGUACCCAGCCCGGUGGAGACGUGAAACGGGGCCCCUCAGACCUGUCGGUCCCCCUCUCCUGCAAGGACAGUUGCAGCAUGAUCCCGGUCCCCUUGCAUGUGACCAGCUCAUCACAUCGCCCAAACUACAGAGAGGAGAUUUUUGUUUUUCUUUGUGACAUGGAGGAGAUGGAACCAAGAAAGCACCGAUGACUCCGAGUUAUUUUUUUUGUGGAGCUUUCAUUGACAAAAAACUAAAGCAGAACAAUUGUUGCAUGAUACGGAGAAAGCAGAUGUACAGAAGACCUCCUGAUGGAUAUAUACAGCAAACCUUCCCUCUGAAAAUUGGAAACAUUUCCAUGUCGAAGCAGAUGGACAUUCUGCGGUUUCAUUGUGAUGAUAUUGUGUCUUGUUUCUUCAACAUGAGAAUUUUUUUGAUACAUUUAUUGCGUUGUCGAGUCCCGUUGACUCUUUGUCUUAAGGUCAGAGCAUGAUAAUCUGCAAAUUAUUCGUGUUGUAAAAUACUUUAUCUUAAGGGCAGGUUGUUUGAGCUUCUCGAACACAAAGUAAAUUAUUGUUAUAUUAUUUAUUGUUAGGAAAGCGAUUCGUAAAGGGAUUAAUAACUGAUAAAAAAAUAAAAAAGCUGAAUACAUAUAUGACGUGUCUGGAUGACCAAUGUUUGUGCAGGCGCAUUUUUUCUUCUUUUUUUUUUUUACCUGCUCUCACUUUUUUUUUGCAUUUUCAAGCCAAUAUCGUAAUUUAUUUAAAAAUGCAGCUCUGCCAUUAACAACAACUGUCCAUCUUUUAUUGCAAAACUAAGACGAGAAACGAAUUGAUUCCACGGAGCUAUAAU